AUGGCGGCUUCAGGAUCGUCGUCUGCGACCACGGAGAAGUCGCGACUGCUGCGCUUUACGGGCCACCGUAACUUUCGACAGCGUUUGGUGCUUGCACUCGUCUCGCAGCGUCCGGUGCGCAUCGACGGGAUCCGACCCGACUCGUCCAGUCCCGGUAUCCGCGACUUUGAAGCCAACUUCUUGCGUCUGCUCGAAAAGGUCACCAACGGAUCGCAUGUCGAGAUCUCGUAUACGGGUACAUCGGUGCUGCUCAAACCGGGCAUCAUUGCAGGUGGCAAGGUGGUGCACGACUGUGCGCUCACGAGGGGAAUCGGGUACUGGCUCGAAUGGAUGGUGGUGCUGGCGCCUUUUGCCAAGAAGGAGCUGCACCUCACGCUCAAAGGCGUGACGAAUAUGGAGGGUGAUUUGGGAGUGGAUACGAUCCGAACCGUGACUUUGCCGCAUCUGUCGCUGUUUUUGCCGCUCGACUCGGUGUCGACACUGGCGAGCUCGCUCGAGCUGAGGAUUGCCAAGCGAGGUAGUGCGCCUGGAGGCGGAGGAGAGGUGCACUUCCGAUGUCCCAUCAUCAAGAACCUGUCUACGAUCAACUUUACCGCGCCGGGGAGGAUCAAGAAGAUCCGGGGGAUUGCGACCUCGACGCGCGUGAGCCCGCAGAUGGCGAAUCGACUCAUCGAUGCUGCGCGCGGCGUGCUGGGCUGCUACAUUCCAGACCUGUACCUAUUCGCCGACGUCUAUCGCGGCGAAGAUUCGGGCAAGUCUCCCGGAUUCGCCAUCACGCUGCUGGCCACCUCGACCACGGGCGCGAUCUACUCUGCCGAAGCGGUGAGCAAAAUCCAAGACCCCGGACUGCCCGAAGACCUGGCGCAGGAUGCAGCACGCAUGCUGCUCACCGAGAUCGCUGGUCGCGGAUGCAUCGAUCGCAGCCACCAACCCAUGGCCCUCCUGCUCAUGGCACUCAGCCCCCAGGACGUCGCAAGGUGCACAAUGGCCCACCCCACCGCAAACGCCAUCCAGAUGAUGCGCGAUCUCAAACACGCCCUCGGCGUCUCGUUCAAGAUCGCCCAUGCCGACGCGAGCGCUCCCGACGCAUCCAACGACGCAGAGAGCGAGGCAAGCGACAGCGAUGACAAUGACCAAGAUACGAUGCUCAAGUCCCUCAAGAAGCCGGCUCAGUUUGCCGUCAGCUGCGUGGGCAUCAACUUCGCCGGAUUCCGAAAGUGCACGCCUGCUCCUGAGUUGGAUCGUGAGAGCGGGCCAGAGGAGUGCAGCGUCAAUCUGGUUGGCCGUGUCGUCACCGCUGUGGCUCGAACCGGACUGUUCCCGGCUGUGCUCAGGCCAGCAGCUCAAGCACGACCAAGGCGGAUUGCAAGCGCUUUCGUUCGCUCGGUGAGCAGCAUGUCGGACGUGCUGGUGUACUCGGGGCCGGGCGUUUCGACGUCUGCGCUGCACCAUACGCUCAAGACGCUGCGGCUGCUGCUGACGACGUACGACGUCAAGACGGUGGAUGCACGUACGCUCGCGCUGGAUCCAUGGCAGAAGGGUACGGCGCUCGUCUUGCUUCCCGGCGGUCGCGAUCUGCCGUACGUCGCUGAACUCGCCAAACCAUUCCGUCGAGACGACUCGCAGUCGACACCCUCGUCGCGCGGCGGGGGCGAGAGGACAGCGUCCAACGAGGUGCGCAACUUUGUACAGGCUGGAGGCAACUUUAUGGGCAUCUGUGCAGGCGCGUACUACGCCUCGAGCCACUGCUCGUUCGAACUCGGCACAUCCAUGCAGGUCGACGGCGAGCGGCCGUUCCUGCGCUUCUACCCGGGCACUUGCCAGGGCACGGUGUAUGCCGGGUUCGUGUACGAGUCCGACAAGGGCGCAAGGAUCGUCGACCUCGACCGCACGCUUGCGGACGGCAAGGUGGAUCAGUGGAGGUGCCACUACAACGGUGGUGGCGCAUUUAUGGAUGCCGACGCGUAUGCAGACCAGGGCGUCGAGGUGCUCGCGAGAUACGCGCGUACGCAGCCGGACGAGUUGCGCCUCGACAUGGAGCUCAACGACUCUUCAGCGGCUCGCCGACCCGACUAUGCGGGGCAGGCUGCGGUGGUGCUCGCGAGCGUCGGAGCUGGCAAGGCAUUGCUGUUCGGUACGCAUCCCGAGUUCCCGCUGCUGCCCACCUCGACGCCGGUGUUGCUGGCCGAAAACAGCCAGGCACUGGCGCGCGAGCACAUCGACCGCGCAGAGCACGAGCGUCAGCUGCGCGUGCACGAGCAGCGUCGACUGCACUGGAUGCACGAGCUCUUCACAAACCGCCUCGGACUGCGCUCGGAGCUGCCGCAGUGGGCCAUGGCGGCUGCGGUAUCGGACAAGACGGCGAGCGCGCCAACGGGAACAGCCGUGGACACGGCCGAGCCCAAGUUGCUGCCCAUCUUUCUGUCGGCCGUUGGACGCGACUCGGACUACACGCUCGAUGCGAUCGCCACCAAGCUCGCCGCCGAGACCAGCACGACACCGCCAGCGCAUCUGGCGGGAUUCGAUGCGUGCGAGGCUCUCAAGGCGGCGCGCAUUGCGAGUGUCAAGGACUCGAACGACGCCAUGUACUUUGCGCGUGCGGACGCUGAGAGCAUUAAAGAGGCACAGGCGCUUUGCACCUCGGCGGACUACGACGCAUUCUCCAAGCCCAUCCUUCCCGCAAUCACGCCGGCGGAGGGCGAGGAGGCAGGGUCGAAGCCGGACAAGGAGGUGGAUCUGGACGCGGUGCCCAAGUACAUCCUUGUGUGCAAGGAGCAGAAGCCAUCGAGGGACGUGCUGCCGUACUGGGACAUGGCGGCGUACGAGACGCAUCUGGAACACUUCCGCGAGCUCAACGCGCAGCGAGCGCAGGCCGGGGAGCCGGACCACUGGACCUCGUGGCGCGCGCCUUUCGAUCCAUUCAACCCGUUUGGCUCGUCGAGUGGUGUGGUGGCCGAGCACCGAUUUGGCACGCCCACGCUGUACACGCAGAUGGUGACAUCGACGCAGACGAUUCUCGACAAGAACUUUCGGCUGCUGGCGGCGCUGCCUGUGGGCACCACGUUUUUCGCCACGCAGCAGAUGAGCGGGCGCGGGCGCGGCGGCAACCGGUGGAUCUCGCCCAAGGGGUGUCUUCAGUUCUCGGCGGUGUUCCGCGUGCCGGUGAGCAUGGCGAGCAAGACCGUCUUCCUGCAGUACCUCUCUGGCCUGGCCGUGGUGGAGGGCAUCCGCCUUGCGCUCGGUCCGGGCGAUGCAGCGCGCGCCGUGGCCGACAAGGUGCGCAUCAAAUGGCCCAACGACAUCUACGCCGAGAUCCCCACUGCCGACGAGGAGGGCCAUGGUGGGGCGAGGACCAAGACGGCCACGUUUGAGCUGGGUGGCAAGCGCUAUGCGAAGCUGGGUGGGAUCCUGGUCAACUCGCAGUUCAGUGGCGGCAACGAGUUUGUGCUCGUGUCCGGAUGCGGUGUCAACUGUCUCAAUGCGCGUCCUACUACGUCGGUGUCGGAUCUGGUGACGAUGCACAACGAUCGUGCCGCCAACGAGGCGGAUAAGCUGGAGGUGGUGUCGCAGGAAAAGCUGGCGGGCGCCAUCCUGUCGACCUUCGACUCGAUCUGGAAGGUGUUUUUGCAGCACGGGGGUGAUUUCCGACCGUUUGUGUCGCGCUACAGGCAAGUGUGGCUGCACAGCGACCAGGAGACGACGCUCACGCAGGAUGCUAUCCGCUCCGACGCUACAGCGCACACCGAGGGCGAUGAAGGCGUACGCAUCGUCGGCAUCUCGUCCGACUAUGGUCUGCUGCAGGCGGUGCCGCGUACGUCGAGCAUCUAUGCCAAGGACGCCAAGGCGUGGGGCAGCACGCAGGACGCACAAGCCAACGGCAUCGUCCAACUGCAGCCCGACGGCAACUCGUUCGACAUGCUGCAGAAUCUCGUCAAGCGCAAGGUGUAA